GUGAAGCUACGAAAAGGUUGCCUGACGCAACCGGAACUACAUCCUCCAGAAGGAAGCGCGGCGUUGCCUAGGAAGCCGACUGCCUAGCGUUCCAACGGCUCUGAGGAAGAGAGGACUGGCUGGUGGUUAAGAUCUAGAUAUGAUCAUUUGAACCCCUGGGAGUUGAUGAUGUCAUUAAGAGAGAAAAUGUAGACAGAAAAGAGAAGAGAACCCAGUAGAAAACAUCAAGAUGAUGUAUGCUGAUUUGAAGCACAGUGUGAUAGGAAGCUAUCGUAAGCCUCCAGAUAAAAUAACUGACCCUUCAUUUAUAUACUGUGGAGAAGCACCUUGGAAACAUCCAUCCAAUAAAUUACCUUUUUCUACUCCAAAUACUCCUGCUCUUUUGUUGGCCCUGAAAACUCUUCAGGAUAAGAUUCAACAGCUAGUGAUAGAGAGGGCACAAGCUGAAGAAAACCUGAGUGCUCUUUCCCAAGAAGCUGAACAGUAUAAAAAAGCCUUGCAGGAUGAAAAUAAUGAACGAGAUCUAGCACACCAGGAACUGAUAAAACAGAGAAAAGAUAUCAGUACACAGCUCCUUGCUGCUCAGACUCGUUGUUCUAUUCUAGAGAAACAACUAGCCCUUACAAAGAAAAUGGUUUUAAAUGCAGAACAGGAAAAGAAUGUUGCCCUAGAACAACAGCAGGAGAAGGAUCAGAAUCAGAUGAAGCUGAAUGCAAAACUUGAAAAGCUUGAAGUCUUAGAAAAGGAAUGUUUCAGACUGACAACUACUCAGAAGACAGCUGAGGAAAAGAUUAAAUAUUUAGAAGAAAAGCUUCUUGAGGAAGAACAUCAGCGUAAGCUAGUUCAAGACAGAGCUGCUCAGCUUCAAACUGGACUUGAGAUCAAUAGAAUUUUAAUGUCUUCAGUUCUACCUUCACAACUAAUCAAGAGAAAGAAAUCUGCAAAGAAAAUAAAAUGUUCAAAGAGAGGACUUCAGCAGACUCAUUCAAAGUUUGGUGCCAUAGGAAAGUCUGCCAGUGUGAGUCAUUCUGCGAAUACAAGUGUGCAAACCCUCCUGAAUUUGAUGAAACAUGGUAGUUCACCCUCCCUUCAGGGAUGUCCUGAAGCAACCGAACGCAGGGCUAUUAGCAAAAGAACUGUCCGAUGCAGACCCACAUCCUCUUACUCUUCAGUUGGUGAUGGUUUGUCUGACCUACUGAUGGCUAUGCAAGAUGAAUUGGACCAGAUGAUCACUGAACACGAAGAACUUUUAAAGCAAGUGCAAGAAAGUCCAGUACUUCUAGUUAAUGAAGACUUAGAAUGUGAACUUGGAUGUUUAGCUAGAAAAAUGGAAAUGAAAGGGGAACAAAUACACAAACUGAAGAAAUAUCAAGAACAUGUAAAUAAACUACAACAAAAAUCUCAAAAUGAAAAGAGUGAAGCUUCCAGCAUUCAGCCAGAAGAUGAAGACCAAAAAGAAACAAAGAAUGUGCCAGUCACGGUGGUCACCAAAAAGGGCACAAAUAAGACUAAGCCUCCUCAGAAAAAUUUCAGUUGUCAGAUGCCGCAUAAAUGUUUCCAGAAGAUUCAGAUGACACUCAGGAAAGAUGAUGUGAAAUGGGAACAAUAGAGCAAUGAUGUAAAAUUCAACUUCAAUGAACCUUGCUGAUCACUGGGAAUUUUUAAUUGUCUGAAGUGAUUUUAAUUUAAUGUAACUUUUAAGAACUUUUAAAUUAUGUUUCAUGUCCAUAACAUAUUAAAUCUUAGUAUUUUUAAAAUUAAUGCUGAGUCACUUGCUAGGAGUUCCCCAAGACUAAAUGAUUUCUUUUUCUCAUUCAUUGAAAUAUCAUGGCAUUAUUUCAUCACAUUUUAAAAGAAUUAUUUAUUUUUGGUUAUGUCUAGGUUAAAUUUUAGAAACAGUAUCAACAGGAUUCAUUCUUAAACAGAUCUCACAAAAUUUGAGAUAUGGAAUUUUAAAAUUCCUAAUCUUGAGGCAAAUGAAAUUGGUGCUUCUCCUCAACUUUGUACUAGAUAUGUGAAUUCAUCUGUUUUGGAGAAGAAACUUUAUAUUAAUAUGUAAUAACCUCCAAAUAUAUAUGUCAUCAUGUCUUCACUUAACCAAUCAGAUUGUUUACUGUUUCCACAACCUACUAUGCGUCAUCUCAUAGCAUCUUAUCUCCUUAAUUUUGCUUAUGUUAUUCCAUGAUCUUAGAAUGUCCCUCUUUAAUCUCUGAUUGUCCAAUAGCCUUCAAAAACCAAUUCAAAUUACAUAUUUUCCAUGAAAUAUCUUCCCAUUAUUUCAGUGGGUAAAUGAAAAGAGGGUUGGAUUUGGAGUCAAAGGUUCCAUGUUUGAAUCUCACUUUUUCUUAAGUACCUCAGGUAAAUAAUUUAUUGUCCUUGAACCUAUUUCUUCAUCUCUAAAACUAGGGUGUUGAACUAAGUAACCUAUGAGGUUCCUUCUGGCUCCUUCUGACUCUGAUUUCUCCUUUCUUUGACUAUCUACAAUGUCUUCAAAAUUUGACAAUUAUUUCCAAACCCAUAGUUGUCCAGCCUUAUGAUAGUAUUAUGAUUCAACUACAUAAGCUUCCCUCUGUCAUCUCUAUUUCCACUUCAUAAAUAUCUUUGCUCUAACCCUUCCCCUCCUGUAGUUUUUACUACUUUAAAUUAAUGGUUUAUUUAACAUGUUAGGUGAAACAUCAAUAUAAACCAAAUAAAUUUGCUCAGCAAUUUAUUUCAAUAUAUAACAAGUUUCAGUUUUUUAGUCAUUCCCUCAAAGUCUUCCUCAAGAUUUUUUGUCUAGUCCCACAUAGUUUUCCUCUUACAUGGGAAUAGUUAGUAAGCACCCAUUUUUUCUGGUUCUUAUUUUCUUUUGUUUCACAUUAUUUCAUAAGGCAGAAAGGCAACAUCAUGUAGGAGAUAGAGAGUCAGAAAGAUCUGCAUUCAGGUUUCACCUGUGAAACAUUCUGUGUUUUUCUGGGCAAAUAGCUUAGCCUUUCAUGCUGUAAGCAAGCCUCUAAAAGUAAACAUUGCAGAAAAUCAUCCAGGUGUUCCCAAUACCAGUAAAUCAUAGUCUAGUCCCUAUUUCUAUUAUUUCAUGAAAGGAACCCUUUACUCAUUGUUCCUGUUCUCUUUAUUCUUUCAAAAUUUUCGUUUUUAGUGAGUCCAUGUUUCCCAAGUAUAUUGGCUAGUGUUAUAUGAGGGUCAGAACUAAGGGGCUAGGGAAGAGUAAUGCCCUAGGAAUUGCACUUAAAAAGAAAGAGGAAAAUGGGUAAUAUCCAGGGGAAAGAGGAAUUCGAAUUCACUUUGGCUAUGGCAAAAGAAUUUGCUAUACACUGUCAUGAUAGCUAAUUGAGAAAAGAAACUCAUUAUCCUGACUUACAUAGAAUUAUUCCAAGUAGUAUUUUCCUAUGGGAAAAUAGGGUAAAGUAGGGAAGUACAUAGUUUUUCUGUGGUUGGCAAUAACUCGAAAACAGAUUAAUGACCCCUGGAGGAUCUAAGAGGUAAUGUGGUGCAGUGAACAGACCUUUGGACUUAAGAGUCUGGAAGAAUCGGGCAACUAGCCUCAGUUUCCUCAUCUCUAUAGAAUGAGGAGGUUGGAUUUAAUAACUUCUCAACUCUACUGUUAUCACAUUAACCGAGUACCUGGCCAGACAGUAAACACUUUAUAGAAUCCUGCUCUUAUUCACAGAAUGCCCUCUCUUCUCUUUCACCUUUCUUUUUUUUAAGGGCCCAGGCCUCUCUGUUUAAACUUUAUUCAGAAAUUCAUGGAUGUAGAACUGGAAGGGACCUUAGAGGUCAACCUAGUCUAGGCUCCUUUAUUUUAUAGAUAAGUGAGGUCAUAGGGACUGAGUACCUAAGGUCUCGUGUAAUACAUGUUGGAGCCAAGAUUUGAAUCCUAUUCUACCUCCCAAUACAGUUGUUCUUUUCCAUUCUCUGACUCUCCAUGCCUCUCCACAUAGACUCAUAUGUUCUUAGGGUGGUUUUUAGUGUUUAUUUUCUAGCAUUGGGAUAUUGUUGAAGGAUGUAGGACUUUGCUUAUUUUUUUUAAUGACAGCAUUGAAGUAGAUAGGUGUUACUUCCAAUCACAAUAAUAAUAGCCAGCAUUUAUAUAGUAUUGUUAAGGUCUUCAAAGUACUUUACAUAUAUUAUUUCAAUUGAAAAUAGAUAAAUAAUAAUAAAAGUUCUAAAUACAUGAAAAGAUGAGUCUGGAUGUCCAAAAAAACCCACAAUAAAUCACUGUAUAUUUCAUUUCAUGUUCACAAUAAUUCUGGGAGGAUGUUGCUAUUGUUUUCCCCUUUUUAUUCAUCUUCAUAAUAACCCUAUGAAGAAGGUGCUGUUAUUCUCCCCAAUUUUUUUAAACCCUCACCUUCCAUCUUAGAAUCAAUACUAUGAGUGGUAAGGGCUAGGCAAUGGGGAUUAGGUGCUUAUUAGGAGAUGUCUGAGGCCAGAUUUAAAGCCAGGACCUCUCCUCUCUAUCCCUGACUAUCCACUGAGCCACUUAGCUGCCCCCAGUUCUCCCCAUUUUUACAAAUGGUGAAAACCAAGACUGAAAGAAGGUGAUUUGCUCAGUGUCAGAGAGCCCAUCAGUUUCUGAGACAGAAAGACCUGAGUUUGAAUCCAGCACUCUUUUAAUUAUAGCACCUAACGAUAACAUUCCAUGAAAUCAUUUUUAGUUAUGACGGAAUGAAUUUGGUUAAUGUAAAACAAUCCUAGUCCUAAAAUGUGGAUAUAUAGGUUUUUAGUAAUACUAGCUUACAGAAAAAUUUAUAGCACUUCUCUCCCUUCAACACAAAAUAGACAGGUUUUAUUGUGUUAAGGUCUCUAACAACUCUAAUAUUCUGUGAUGCUCCAGAAAUGUCAUAUCUGUCUGAGAUUUACCUGUCACCACCUCUGGCUCCACCCUUAUGGUCUGGGAGCAAAUUUCCUUCUCCACCCAAGAGCAGCAAAUGUUCAGUGUACAAGUGUUGCUAUAGCAACUUAUUAGCUGGUCUUGUCUGCUUAGUGGAAAUUCACAAGUAGUUGGUGAGUGAAUGGAUUCACUGAACUUCUGUUUACUUGAAUAAAAUGCUAGAUUGAAGUUAGGGGUGUUUUUUCCUUUUGUCUUUUCUUUUUUUUUUAUCCCCAAAGCAGACAAGGAAAAAAAUAGUUACUUGUCAGCCCAAGGAAGUCUCAUCUUUGUUACUAACAGGAGAAAACUCCAGUCUUUCAGGCAGCAGGUAAUGGUGGGAGGAGGGGGAGGUUAAAUAUUUGGAUUUUAAAAAUUGUACUCUUUGAAUUGGACUAUAAAGUCAGUCUUCAAUCGCAAUCAUUUUUAUUGGCUUAGAAUUUACAGUUGGAGGGUCUUAGACUUUCCAUUCAUCAUGGGGAAGGUGUUGAGCAUUUUAUAGAAUUCAUUGAAUUUGGAUGGUUUACUUGAAUAUUAUUUUUGAUAUCUUUUAGUUUUGUUUUCUUACUUUGAGAAUAUCAUUUGAAUUGGAAAAGGUUUCUCUGGAAGUGGUUGAUAGUAAACUUUGGAAAAUUAAAAAUGCUAAAUAACAGA